UUAUGAACAAGUGGACGAGGCUAGACCCACCAUGGCACCACAAAUGUUGCUAGUUUUCACUUUGCACCAAAACCUUUGCUCUAUCUUAGUGCUAUUUGUUGACAGAUUACAGGAUCUUAAACAGUCGGCUUUAAACAGCUCCCGUGUUUCCCUCUCGGCCUCUGGAAGCCAGAGAACAAAGCAACCGGCGUUAACGAUAGAGCUUUUCUUAUACCCCUCUUCUUCCUCCGGGAAGGGUCAUCCCGCAGGGUGAAAAACAUGGCAGCGUCCUCAUUGUGUCAUCUCUUCAUCUCGUCGUGGGCCGCCGUUGCGGUCUUCAUCCUCUCCCUCUCUUCCAUCCUUGGAGGAGCCAUUUCCGUAAAAAGUACAGACAUCAUCCAAGGUCCUCUCCUGACUUCCAAGAUCGCUACCAACCGCACCAUCCUUGUCGGUCCGAAGGAGGAGUUCCAAUCGGUGCAGGCCGCCAUUGAUGCAGUCCCUGACGGGAAUUCCCAGUGGAUCAUCAUCCACCUCCGUGCCGGAAUCUACAGAGAGAAGGUUGUAAUCCCAGAGAGAAAGUCAUAUAUAUUCCUAAGAGGAAAUGGCAAAGGAAGGACCGCCAUCCUUUGGGAUGAGAGCUGCAAUAACAACACAGAGUCCGCAUCCUUCUCUGUCUGGGCCGACAACAUCAUCGUGUUCGGCAUUAGCUUCAAGAAUGAUGCUCUGGUUGGUGCUCCUGAUGCUCCAUUCAAGCAGUCGGUGGCAGCCAUGGUGGCUGGAGAUAAGGUGGCUUUCUAUCAUUGUGCCUUCUAUAGUGCCCACAACACCCUCUUUGAUCACAAGGGCAGGCAUUACUACGAAAGCUGCUACAUCCAAGGCAACAUUGAUUUCAUCUUUGGCCGUGGCCAGUCAAUCUUUCAGAGCUGCGAGAUCUUCGUUCUCACGGAUCGAAGGACAAAAAUUCUUGGCUCAAUCACAGCUCAAAACAGACAGUCUGCAGAUGAAGACAGCGGCUUCGUGUUCUUGAAAGGCAAGAUAUAUGGCAUUGGCAAUGUCUACUUGGGUCGAGCUAAAGGAGCUCACUCUCGGGUCAUUUUUUCCAAGACCUAUCUCUCCAAGACCAUUACUCCUGAUGGCUGGACCCACUGGAGCUACGAUGGCUCCGCCAACCAUCUACUCCAUGGAGAGCACGACUGCCAUGGACCAGGUGCAGACACGGCUCAACGUGUCCCAUGGGCACGCCAACUCACUGACGAGGAGGCUGCUCCAUUCAUAAGCAUUGAUUUCAUCAAUGGGAAGGAAUGGCUGCCGGCAUACUAUUAUUGAAGACCCCUUGUCAUCAUUACUAGCUCCAUGUAAUUCAUACAUGAUGUAUGGUUCUUUUUUAAAAAAAAACAAGGUUAAUUACCAUGGUAAUGUUAGCUAGAAAUAAUGCAUGAAUUUGGCAGCGGCUUACUAUUAUUGAUCAAGACUGCAUGCCUCCAUUACUAGGUCUAUGUAAUUCAUUUAAAUGUCAUAUUCUUUGACAAGAAAAUUGGUACCAUGGUAAUCAUAGCUGGAAAUAGUGCAUGAAUUUAUUACUUCUUAUGCGUUUCGUUUUGCUCUUUGUAUUUAUUAUAGUAGUUCUAGUGAGAAUAUGAUCAUGAAGUCACAUUAAUUAGUGAUGGCGAUCGAUGAAUGGAAGCUAGACAUCAAGCAAAAGGUAUUUAUUCAGAAAAAAGAGGUGGCUAUUAAUAUGCUUGGCCUUAGAAGGUGCCAGCUAGCCUGCUAUAGAGUCUCAUGUUGGUUCUAUCAAAUAUAGUUAGAACCAAAUUCCAUCUAAAUAGGGUUGGGGUCGAUCUAAGUUCACCAGUAGACUACAAGCUCGUAUAUCCAAAUGAUGCAAAAUGGAGAGGCAAUAGAAUAAAAAAAUCUAUCAACAAUCUUCAUAAGAUUUCAACAAGAUCAAUUUUUAGACUUCUAGAAAUUCUGAAGUGCACAUGCAUGGCUGCAUUUUCCACAAUUAAAUAUACUAACAUUGCUGCAAGUGCUUCGUUUCAAAAGAGAAAAAAAAAA